GCCCCCUCCUACCUACCCCCCAAGAGUCUGAAGAGGCCUGUGGGGAAACAGGGUGGCGAUAAGGCCUCACACUGCUUCUGCCCCCAGCAAGCCUCCGAGGGAGGGAGCUGUCAGCCAGGCAAAACCAAGAACGCUGUCACCAUGACAACCAGUCACCAGCCACGGGACAGGUACAAAGCCGUCUGGCUUAUCUUCUUCAUGCUGGGUCUGGGGACCCUGCUCCCCUGGAAUUUUUUCAUGACAGCCACUCAGUAUUUCACAGACCGCCUGGACCGGUCCCAGAAUGUGUCCUUGGUCACUGCUAACCUGAGCAGGGACAUCCAGGCCUCGCCCAUCCCCACAGUACCCCCUCGAGCACGGAGUACUCUGAGUGCCAUCUUCAACAAUGUCAUGACCUUGUGUGCCAUGCUGCCCCUGCUGCUCUUCACCUGCCUCAACUCAUUUCUGCAUCAGAGGAUCCCCCAGUCUGUUCGGAUCCUGGGCAGCCUGACGGCCAUCCUGCUGGUAUUCCUGAUGACUGCUAUCCUGGUGAGGGUGCACCUGGAUGCCCUCCCCUUCUUUGUCAUCACCAUGAUCAAGAUCAUGCUCAUUAACUCAUUCGGUGCCAUCCUGCAGGGCAGCCUGUUUGGUCUGGCUGGCCUCCUGCCUGCCAGCUACACGGCCCCCAUCAUGAGUGGCCAGGGCCUGGCAGGCAUCUUCGCUUCAGUGGCUAUGAUCUGUGCCAUCGCCAGUGGCUCGGAGUUAUCAGACAGCGCCUUCGGCUAUUUUAUCACAGCCUGUGGGGUCAUCAUUUUGACCAUCAUCUGUUAUCUGUGCCUGCCCCGGCUGGAGUUCUACCGCUACUACCAGCAGCUGAAGCUCGAAGGGCCUGGGGAACAGGAAAUCAAGUUGGACCUCAUUAAUAAAGGAGAGGAGCCAAGAGCAGGCAAAGAAAAGUCUGGAGUUUCAGCUCCCAACUCUCAGCCCACCAACCAAAGCCACUCAAUCCGAGCCAUCCUCAAAAAUAUCUUAGUCCCGGCUCUCUCUGUCUGCUUCAUCUUCACGGUCACCAUUGGGGUGUUUCCCGCUGUGACUGCAGAGGUCAAGUCCAGCAUUGCAGGCACCAGCGCCUGGGAAAACUACUUCAUUCCUGUGUCCUGUUUCUUGACUUUCAAUGUCUUUGACUGGCUGGGCCGGAGCCUCACAGCCAUAACCAUGUGGCCUGGGAAGGACAGCCGCUGGCUACCAAGCCUGGUGCUGGCCCGACUGGUGUUUGUGCCCCUGCUGCUGCUGUGCAACGUCCAGCCCCGCCGAUACCUGGCUGUGGUCUUUGAGCACGACGCCUGGUUCUUCAUCUUCGUGGCUGCCUUCGCCUUCUCCAAUGGCUACCUUGCCAGCCUCUGCAUGUGCUUCGGGCCCAAGAAAGUGAAGCCGGCUGAGGCGGAGACAGCUGGAGCCAUCAUGGCCUUCUUUCUGUCUCUGGGCCUGGCACUGGGGGCUGUCUUCUCCUUCCUGUUCCGGGCGAUUGUGUGACCAUGGACGGAUAGAGGACUGCACUGGCCUCCUGCUCCUGCCCCUUCUUCAGGGAUGGGCAGGGGUGAGCUGGAGCUUUUCUUUUUUAGCUGACUUGUGCUUUCUCAUGACCUGUGCUGGGCCCCGGUGUCCAGGCCCUGAGGACGGAGCCUCUGAGUGGACAAUGGGGACAUUGUGAGCCUGAGGGUCAGAGUCGAGGAAGGGGACGUAUUCAUUGCAUAUGUUCCAAUACCCCACACUUGGUUCUUACUGAUCCUUGACUGAGCAGGACAGCAGAGGCUCCCAGGCUCAGUGUUGGUGUGUUUGUAUGGUCUGUAUGUUUGUCUGCCUGGCUAGGGGCCAGGACUGUCUGUUCUAAGGUCCAGUCUGAUGUUUCCACACCCCACCCCACCCCCCUCCUCCCCCGUGCCUCUUCCCCUAACUUCUCCCUGUCCCUCCCCUGCUCCUCCUGUCUUGUUCCUACCCAUCAUGCACCCUGCACAGUUGCCGUUUUACUGCCUUUUUUAUACUCCACAGAAACCAGGCACCUUCAGAGGCUGUCUGAGUAAAUAAACUUUUUUUGUUUGUUUGUU